AGGCAAACGCCUUCCAGAUCGAAGCUGUAACCUCCACCGCGCAUGCGUACUUAUGGAAGGCGCUUGCCAACGAAAAAGCCGAUUAACAAAUUUAAUCCAGUUGUAAAAAAUCCCCUAAUAAUUGUAUCUUUACAAAUUAUUGGCUUUGUUUGAAUCCUUAGUAAUGCUGUGCCUCUCAUUAUGCAUUAGGCGUGUUUGUGAGAUCUGUUCUGUUAAAGGCAAUCUUCAUACAUCCUUGCGUUCAAUUUUUCAGUGAGAUUUAAAAUUUUCUCAUUGAUGUAUAUCAAAAGGAUUUAAAAUGAAGCACAUGUUAAACAAGUGGUUUGCCAGUGUUCAGGAGCAUUCUGGUACGUAAAAAUCGAUCUGAUUUUGUGAUUUACCAUGGAAGUGGAAACAAAUAAAAGUAUGGAUUCGACGGUAGGAAUAAAAAUAUUGAAAAAGAAUAGAAGCACACCAUUUCAAAAAAGGAUAGCGUCAAUUGCCUUCAAAUCGGGAGAUGACGUCACGGACUGGAUGAACGCUGGAAACAGAGCUACUGCCAGCAUCAAGACGCCAAAAUAUGGAUUGCGCAGGCGCCCGCCUAAACUUCCAUCGCCGCUGAUUCGACUUCCAGCCAGCAGCAUUAGUGAUACCCCAACGACAAUGACAACGGACUCCAUUUCACGUUCUACUUACGUAACUCUUCGGGGCUCUAGUAUAACGCCAUAUGCAUAUCUUAAUUCAGAGACAUCUCGAACAAAACCAGCAACAGCGGCAGACAACGAGAUUUUGUCUAGAAAGGAUGCAUCUAACACGGACAGAUCAACGAAAAGCAUCUUGAGUCAAAGGGAAGUUCUGGGACCGAUUAAACCAAAUGGAAAUCAACUACCUCUCAAAGCCCACACUUCGAUGGACAGACACUCCAAUGGUUCUCUGGAAAUCGCCAAAGUUAGCGAAUCUGCGCCAUUACAACGAUCAGAGUCCAAAAGAAACUUGCCUCACCCUACGUUCCGUCACAUGUCCUAUACAAACCGGACAAGGACAUCUAUGGAAGAUGGCGAAUUUAAUAUUAAUCCAGAGCCGGUGCCCUACCAACCCCAAAACUUCAUGCAGUCCGAGUUACCCCGGAUAGAGUCGUCCACAUUACUUAAGAAAGUUCCUAUACCAAAACGUCAUUUAGAUUCCUUUGGGGGUUAUGAAUAUUCAUUAGGUUCUAAGCGCGGAGUGAUACUACACACAGAUCGGUACCAGUGGGAUGCCCCUAAGUCUUUCGAAGGAAUGAGCCAGAGGGACAGACUAAAGGCCGAGCUAGAAUACAUGGAAAGACUGCGUGGGAUAAAAAGGCGACGUGAAAUGUUACCUCAUCGAGCACAGCUUGACCUUCUGAUGGGGGGAAAGAAAGUGGAAUUUUCUGAGAGAUUUGACAUCCAGAAGGAGAUUCAAAAAUUAAAAUCCUUGAUCAUGCCUAGAAACGCCAGGGAUUUAUUUCAUGGAAGGGGCUUUCAACUACCAGACAUGCACUCGUCAAUGAAGCCCCGCCGGCCUCCGAUACUGGAUUACGAUAGUGACGAGGACACCUCAGUUCCCUCUAGUCAUCGUCUUGGCAAGCAGGCUGUUGACCCAGAUACUGGGUUACCCAGACCGAGGCUAAGGCAAAAUGCCGGCCAACUUCCCAGAAUUGACAACAGAAAUAUGAUAGGUUCUACUGAUUCACCUCUUCUUCUAGCCAGAGAAAAGCGCACUGUAGAUCAAAUUAAAGCUAGAAUUAGCAUUCCCGCAGAACUACAGCGAGGCCGGAGACCUAUAUCAAUAAAAUCACAUGACAUGGCGCAGGAAACACACCGGUUUUCAGAGGAGGGGCCUUGGACCCGUGAAAGCUUUGCUCGCCAAGGUCGAAAUUUUGGUAUGAGUCCUGCAUAUCUGAAGCGGUCACGUACAAACAUCCAGUCCAAGAUGGACUCUGUGGUCAACAGAAGCGCCACCUUACCGGAAGCGACCGAUACACAAUUGAAACUCUCGACAAGAAAUGACGCAGUGAAAAGAGUGGAGAUUCCUUCCGGUGGUCAUGUACCAAAAUCACGUGGUGCAGAAAAAGUCGAACCAAUGUUGGACUCGUCGAAGAAUCCACUACAAAUUGACAACUUAAAAGAAAACUUGCCAGAGCAGGAUGUCGCUGCCUUGGAGAGAGUGGAAUCUCGGCUGUCAGGGAGGUCAAAACUUGCGGACAGUCCUAUGAAGGCGCCCACACCGAAUCCUCUAAAAGGGAGUGAACUGUCUCACUUACUCCCUGAGGAACAAAGGGAUGAGCUAAGAAAAGCAUUCCAAAAGUUGGACACAGAUGCAGACGGUCAUUUAAUGUAUCAGCAGGUGAAAUCACAACUUCCUCCUCAGAUGACGUCACAACAGGAACGGUUUCUGAAACAGGUGUAUGAAAUUACCAGUUCCAGUACGUUCUUUGGUGUGGACGAGUUUAUGACCAUGUCAACACUUACUAAAAAAGUACAAGGGCUGAAAGAGGAAGCAGCAGAUAGCUUCGGUAACCUUGACUUCUCUUCGCUACAUAACAACAUCGUCAAAUAUGUGGACUUGUUCCAGUCUGUAGAUCGGAAUCAGCGAGGUAAAAUCUCGCUGGAAUCUCUCCAGGAAGUCCUGUCAACGGCGCAAGAAACUGAUCUGUCAGCAGACGACAAAGCGUGGAACAAGAUCCUCGACGUCAUAGAGCCUGAAGAGGGAGUGAAAAUUAGCAAGAUAGAAUAUCUGGCCCAUAUACCGUACUUUCUGACACUUAAACUAAAACCCGGUCCGGGGUCCGUCCCCCAUGCAGGCCGAUUCCAGUGAUACCCUCACUAUAAAACGCAACCAACAAUGAACUAUAUAUUUUAUCAUUAAGUAUUUCUAAUCAUUUCUGACAAUGGAUUUCCCUUUCCAAAUUAUUUUUCCUGUAACUACCAGUAUGUUUGACAAACAUUAAAAUACUUGUACCGUUGUUUACCAAAGCCAAUCUGUGAUAUCAACAAACACGUCCAUUAUUUUGUACAUUGUGUGUCUUUAUGUCAUUUAACCUGUUCAUUACUAUUAAAUAUAUAUGUAUGUUACAUUGUAUGCCAUUUCAUGUAUGAAAUGAAUAUUUUCUUACCUUAA